AUGGAUGUGGAGAAGACCUCCCAUAGAGUAUUUGUCCUCUCAUAUUUUGCCACCUCUUAUGCUGAAUGUUUGGUCCAAGUGUUCACAGUUACAGUCAGUGCUGAUAGUUGGUCUUCUGCUUCAGUAGACGAGCAAGAUAGGACUGCAAAUAGUGAGGAUCAAGAAAUCCUUGGUCGGGAAGAUGCUGGCUGUGAUGGAGUUGAAGUUGAAAUCCCAGAGCUUACGGAUACUCAGAACUUCAUCAAUAAGCUCAGGGCUUCAAUUUCCAAAUGGAGAGAAUUGUCAGAGAAGAGGAGAGGCGUGUGGAUUAAAGUGCCCAUUGAGCAUGCACACCUUGUCGAGUCACCAGUUACGGUGCUUGUGGUUACGGAGAAAGGCGGGAAAUUCAAAGGCACAGGCAUCUGGAACCUCCUGACUGGACUUGUCAAUGAGGGUGAGGAUGUAUUUGCUACAGCUAUCAGAGAAGUGAAAGAAAAGAGAGGAAUAAGCGAUCCUUGCAUCCGAUGGGCAUUGUUUUAA